GGGGCAUUGAAAUUUUGUAACGAUUUAAUGAUACUGGAUUUGAUGGUCCACAGUCAUGGCUUUCUCUUCAGCUCAGCAAGAUAUAGCAAAUCUUGAUGAUCUGUCUUCUCUUCCAACAGCUAAUUCCUACCAUUCUUCUUUGAGCCAUACUGCGAUAACUACGGUUUCUCCCUUUCUCGAGCUAGCAAAAAGCUUCAACGCUCUGUUGCUCCAUGUACAUUUCCUGAAAUGGCCAAAGGGUGAGAGAGCCGGACUUAACAAGAUGUUCGGAGCAAUGACUACUAUCUCUAUGGGUACGAACCUUCUAGCACUACAAGAAGCUAAAUUGACUGAGGCAAUCCUAAAGUCUUUUCUUGAAGAAUCUAAAGUUGCGACGAGAUACGUUGAAGGUGUGAUUGUUAUGAUUGAGACUAUGAAAAUAGAUCAGGCUUCGAUCUUCGAGGAAGAGGAGAUAGAGGAGCUACAGGGAUUCUGUACAAGAGCGGAAAGUUUUGGCACAAAAUUAUUGGCUUUGGGUAUGGGAAUAAAAUGGUCGAAAGUUUUUAUACCUGACAAUAGUAUUGCCAACGGCGUUUGCCUACCCGACCUGAAAUCUUGGGAUCUGACACUUCUACCAGAAGAAGUAGCUGAUCUAGAAAAGGCUUACAGAACCUUAGAUCCAACUGGUUACCGGCAAUAUCUUUCUUUGAUUGAUAGCAAAGCAAAAGAGUGUGAUUCGUCCGACAAGGAAUACGAUAAGAAAUGUAUCAAUCAAGUCUCAGAGCUGGUCAAUGAAUCAAUUGUUCGUCAAUCUUCUGAGGACAAUAUCAACCUUCAAAAAGCGCCUUCUUUUGCCUCCGCCAAAACUGCAGUCGAUGAUACAAGUUCAACCAACCCGGAAAAGAAUACGGGAAACAAAAUCCACUACGAGGCAAAGAAUCUCCACUAUGUACCUGCUCACAAAAUACAACAUUGGUGUAGGUGGACUUGGUUCGAUCUUAAGAUAUGGCCUUAUAGAUCAACUUACAUUUUGGAGGAAUGGUUAACGUCAUCUAAUCCAUUACAUUCUGCCGAAAUCUCAAAAAUAAAACAGAGAUUUCAAGAUGCAGCAAGGAGAAAAAUGUACGGAUGUGGCAUGAGGAUGGAAAUUAAAGCGGGUGGAGAUGUGGAGAGACAAAUGCAAGAGGAUUGUUUGAGGGAUGUCGUCAAUAGGCUGGGAGAGAAAGCGGAAAAAACACUUUUGCAACUUUGUGAAGGGGGUCAUGAUAUUGAUCAUAAUGAUGGCAGCGUGCGAAAAUAUACAAUCGAGGCGAUCGAGGCGAGAGAGCCGAGGGGAAUUUUUAAUGAGCCGAAGAUUAUGGGAUUAGAGGAGAGUUUGAAGAUGAAGAGGGAUUUGGAAUUCGGUAGGAGGAAGUGGUGGAAAAAGGUGCGAGAUUUUAAAGGGAAAGAAUGGUGGGUAGAUGGAAAGAAGAAGGAGUGGUGGUUGGAGGCCGAGAAGGUAGAAUGGGUUGUUGUGCUUAAGGUUAAGGAAAUUGAGCGCCCGAAGAAGUUUAUGCAAAGUCCGUGGAAUGUGAUUACAGAGGGGAAAACGAAUGUUAGUCAGGAGGUGCGAAGUAGCGUGGGACAGGGAGGGAAGAACACCGCCCAAGAUAACAAGGGUGUGAAUGCGGGUAACGUGAUUGAGAAGAAAGACACGAAGGAAGAAGUGACGAUGGGAAUCGAGGAAGCAGAGAGAAGAAUGAGAAUUUUGGUGAAAAGGUUGUAUGUUGAGGAAAAUGGUGAUGAGAAGAGGGAGAUGUAGAUCAGAAACCUGGGAAGUACCUAGAGUAUUCUCUGCAUUUCACAAUAGAUGCUGAUGCGAUUUACGAGGCUGGUCUUUGGGAAUGAUCGCAUUCGGAAAGUGCGAGAGUAUUGAGGACGAGAAGAAUCUCUUCUUUAUCUUGAUGUCAUAAUAAUAAGCGAUGAUUUUUCCAAUGUCUUUCGGUGUGAAAUCUUUUCGGUUAAAUGAUUUGUUUUGGGUGGUUCAUACUUGGAAUCAACCAUGGGAGGUUUGUGA